GCCACGGAGUGCUGGCCCGCGGCGCAGAAGGCUGCGCACCCUCCCUCCGGGCGUGUGCCCCGACAGCGGCGGCGGCGGCAGCAGCGGGAGGAGGCAGUGGGGCAGCGCUGGAGUAAGCGGGAGGCAUGGUGUCCUGGCGGCGGAGGCCGGGUCCCGGCCUUGCGCGGCUGUGGGGCUUGUGCUGCCUGGUGCUGGGCUGCUGGCGGGGCGCGCUAGGCUGCCCCGCGUCCUGUCGCUGCAGUUCCUGGCGGAUCUGGUGCUCGGAGCCAGUGCCGGGCAUCGCCUCCUUCCCCGUGCCGCAGCGGAGCGCCGAGGAUGACAAUGUCACCGAGAUUUACAUCGCAAACCAGAGAAAAUUAGAAAGUAUCAAUGACAAUGAAGUUGGAUUUUACGUUGGACUUAAAAAUCUGACCGUGGUGGAUUCAGGCUUAAGAUUUGUGUCCCGUCAGGCAUUUGUGAAAAAUGCCAACUUACAAUACAUCAAUUUAUCUAGAAACAAGCUCUCAAGUUUGUCCAAGAAGCCUUUUCGCCAUCUGGGUUUGUCUGAUCUGAUACUGGUGGACAAUCCAUUCAAGUGUUCCUGUGAAAUUAUGUGGAUUAAGAAGUUUCAAGAGACCAAGUUUUACACAGAAGCUCAGGAUAUAUAUUGCGUAGAUGACAAUAACAAGCGGACAGCCUUGAUGGAUAUGAAGGUCCCAAACUGCGACUUACCCUCAGCAAACUUAAGCAAUUAUAACAUCACUGUGGUGGAAGGAAAGAGCAUCACACUGUACUGUGAUACAACCGGAGGGCCACCCCCUAAUGUGUCUUGGGUGCUCACUAAUCUUGUUUCAAACCAUGAGAGUGAUACAAGUAAGAAUCCUGCCUCGUUAACCAUAAAGAAUGUUUCAUCCAUGGACAGCGGACUGUGGAUUUCAUGUGUGGCGGAGAACAUUGUGGGAGAGGUCCAAACCUCUGCAGAACUGACGGUAUUCUUUGCACCAAAUAUCACAUUUAUUGAGUCUCCAACCCCGGACCACCACUGGUGCAUUCCAUUCACUGUGAAAGGGAACCCUAAGCCCACAUUGCAGUGGUUCUAUGAAGGAGCUAUAUUGAAUGAGUCUGAAUACAUCUGUACUAAAAUACAUGUUAUCAAUCAAAGUGAAUACCACGGCUGCCUUCAGCUGGACAACCCAACCCACCUGAACAAUGGUGCUUAUACCUUACUGGCCAAGAAUGAGUAUGGAGAAGAUGAAAAGCGGGUUGAUGCUCAUUUCAUGUCGGUGCCUGGAGAUGGUAGUGGCCCAAUUGUGGAUCCAGACGUUUAUGAAUAUGAAACCACGCCUAAUGAUCUUGGAGACACCACAAAUAACAGUAAUCAAAUCACUUCUCCGGAUGUUUCCAACAAAGAGAAUGAAGAUAGCAUCACUGUGUAUGUUGUGGUGGGAAUUGCAGCACUGGUAUGCACUGGCUUAGUAAUAAUGCUCAUUAUUCUGAAGUUUGGAAGACACUCUAAGUUUGGGAUGAAAGUUCAUGGUGAAGUAAAAGGAGUUGGUCUGGUAGAUCAAAUAUGGCUUUCAUUGCAAGACUGCGACAUUGAAGGUCCUUCUUCAGUUAUCAGCAAUGACGACGAUUCAGCCAGUCCUCUCCAUCACAUCUCAAAUGGCAGUAACACUCCAUCCUCUUCUGAGGGAGGUCCUGAUGCGGUCAUCAUUGGGAUGACAAAGAUUCCUGUCAUUGAAAAUCCCCAGUACUUUGGAAUUACCAACAAUCAGCUCAAACCAGAUACUUUUGUUCAGCACAUCAAGCGCCACAAUAUUGUUCUUAAAAGAGAGCUGGGAGAAGGAGCCUUUGGAAAAGUGUUUCUGGCAGAAUGUUACAACCUCUGUCCCGAACAGGACAAGAUCUUGGUAGCAGUGAAGACUUUGAAGGAUGCCAGCGACAAUGCCCGCAAGGACUUUCACCGUGAGGCAGAGCUGCUGACUAACUUGCAACAUGAGCACAUCGUCAAGUUCUAUGGUGUCUGUGUCGAGGGUGAUCCACUCAUCAUGGUCUUUGAGUACAUGAAGCAUGGAGAUCUGAACAAAUUCCUCAGGGCACAUGGUCCAGACGCAGUACUGAUGGCAGAAGGCAACCGACCAGCUGAGCUGACACAGUCCCAGAUGCUUCAUAUUGCCCAGCAGAUUGCAGCUGGUAUGGUUUACCUGGCAUCACAGCACUUCGUGCAUCGGGACCUUGCUACCCGGAAUUGCCUGGUUGGUGAGAACCUGCUGGUGAAGAUUGGGGAUUUUGGGAUGUCUAGAGAUGUGUAUAGCACAGACUACUACAGGGUUGGGGGUCACACCAUGCUCCCCAUUCGCUGGAUGCCUCCAGAAAGUAUUAUGUACAGGAAGUUCACCACUGAAAGUGAUGUCUGGAGCCUGGGAGUUGUAUUAUGGGAAAUCUUUACCUAUGGCAAACAGCCAUGGUACCAGCUCUCAAACAAUGAGGUGAUUGAGUGCAUCACUCAGGGCCGAGUUCUUCAGCGACCUCGCACGUGCCCCAAAGAAGUGUAUGACUUGAUGCUGGGAUGUUGGCAACGGGAACCUCACAUGAGGCUCAACAUCAAAGAAAUCCAUUCCCUCCUUCAGAACUUGGCCAAGGCAUCUCCAGUCUACCUGGAUAUUUUAGGCUAAAGUCUCAUAGCAUUUCUUCUUAUGGGCUGUGUGAAUGAAUGUGUUCUACUGCCGCUGAACUCCAUUAAAAUGUGUUCUUAACUUUGACAGUAUUAAUGACAGAGUUAUGGAGAAGCUUUUAAAGGGCAAGCAAUGUACACUUCUCCAUCUGUAGACACAGUAUUGACUUUUUAGACUUUACUGAGACGUAUCUUUUCUCUCUCUCCCUCUUUCAGUUUCUAUCAUCUUUUUCUUCUUUCCUGUCUUUCUAAUCAAUUUGGCUUCUGCAUUAUUGUAACUCUGCAUAGACAAAGGCCUUAAAAACCUGAUCUGUUAUAUCAGCAGACUCUCCAGUUUGCCCAUCACAACUAACAAUGCCUUGUUGUAUUCAUGCCUUUGAUGUGGAUGAAAAAAAGGGAAAAUAUAUUUGACUCGAACUUUGUGAUGUCUGCUGUAAAGAUACUGAGAGUUUCUAUGGAUUCACCUCAAUUUUUUUGCUUCAGCAUGUGGGUGGAAAAAGAAGACUGGUAUUCUUUACAUGAAGAGUAUUCCUUGCAGAGAAAAAGCCAGAUGAAAACAAGACAGUGUUGUGUGAUCCACUAUUUGGAGGAACUGUGGGAUCAGAUGGCAUCAAACCCCACUGAAAACAUUGAAAUGAUUUGAUGGAAGGCAAGAGGAGGUUUAGCACUUUCCCUGGAGAGUCUUUCUGAGGAGUAAGGGGAUUCAAGGAGGUACUUUGCCAGUAGCUUUCAUUGCCAGAUAGAAGUUUAUGUUAAAAGGGAAAAAGAUGCUGCCAGCACUGCACGUAAUUAUGUUGCAACGUGAUAAGUGAACACAUGCCCUUACUUCGUCUUCUGGUAGAAUAUUGUCAUGCCACUGGUACAUAAAUGUUCUCCAGCAAGUCUUUUUUAAUAAAGGCUGAAGCUAGGCUUAUUAAUGUACAGUAGUAAUUUCAGGAUCGCACAACAAAACUAAGGAUUUUGAUAAGACAGGACAAGCUAUGGAUGGUGGGGCAGAUGUAUCUUACACUCUGCUUGUCCAGAAGCAUAUUCUUUUUUUUCAAACCGUGCGAGCAAAAAUGUGCAUGGUCUCUGUCAAUUAAUGCCCUUUGUGCAGAAACUGUCACUCAUCUUGUAAAACACCUUAGUAGGCAUAGCAAACUCGUAAUGGUAUAACUUAUAUUUCAUUGAAAGGGGAUAAUCAAAGACAUUAGCUAUGUUAAAAUGCCUUUACAAUGUUACAGAUACAAUAGACUGAUACUACAUGAAUAAUCUAAAGCAUGGACAUCACUGGUUAUAUUUGAGCCAUGGCAGGGGAUAAAGUGAGAUACCUGGGGAAAACAAAUUACUCUGAGGUUAUGGCUCACUUCUCAGAGUGCAAAGACCUUGAGCUCAGCACCAUGUUUGUAUUGGUAUUAGUGCUGUCAUUACCAACAUCCAGUCUUUCUUAAAUAAUUUCUUUUUUGUUGGAUGGGCACUGUGUGUGUACUUUUUGCAUGGCCACUGUGUUGAUGACAAGUGCAUGGGCAUAUCUGUUAUUUUUCAAACCGGAAGUUGGAAGAUUUCAAAUUUAGAGUUAGGAUUAUUUUUAAUAUGAAUUCUUACAAGAGACAACCUACCUUAUCUAUUCCUCAAUACUUUUGCCUCCCUCUGUGAGGGGACGUUACUGCAAAAAAAACAAAAACAAAAACAAAAAAAAAAAAAGAAAAAAAAACAACAAAAACAACAACAACAACAACAAAAAAAAAAAAAAAAAAACAGAACAAAAAAAAAAAUCUUUGUUUUCUUUUUCUGUUUUUGUUAUUUCUGAUUGGUAUGAGCCAGAUCAAAAUAGUCCUUCAUUUUUGUGUUGGGGAUAUUUUAUUUAAUAAAUUAAGCAUUUUAUUUUUGUAAGUGUUCUCAUAACACAUUUAAUAUAUGAUUUGCAUGCAUAUAUUAUUUAUUGAGGUACUUUAGUUUUCUUUCUUCUGAAGCUUUUAGAGCUAGCUUAUAAAGACUUUGAACGUUUUCAGAAUAAAACAGUUCAUUGAACAACGACGGAGUUUUACCCUUCUCAAUGUCAUUGAAAGGGCAGCAUUACAAAUAAACAUGACAGUGUAUCUAUAAAGCCAUACUCAGUAUUUCUUUAUAUAACAGGAUGUUAUUUCAUAAUUGCUACUGAACUGGAAACACACAAAAAGCCAGAGGAAGAUUCCUACAAAAUGGGCCUUAAGAUUUUAUCUGGACUGUCCUGGAAAUCCAUAUAGAAAGCUAGAUAAAGACUGAGCAUCCACUGGAACCCAUUCACUUGAGAAUUUGAGUUUCGUCUUUUAAAGGAAUUUGAGUCUGAUUUUCAAAGUAACAGUGGUGGAAAACUGUCCACUGAUACUGUGUGGUGGAGAAGGCUGCAGUUGACAGAGAGAGAGAUGCCGACUUUCUGCCUGCUGUGUUCUAUCUUAGGGUCUUAUGAGCUUGAGGAAAAGGCAUCUGAGAUGCUCUUUCUACUGAAAAGCAGGCUCCAGCCUGAAAGCAAACAGGUGGGUUUGGCAAGCACUGAAAGAAUGAAUACAAAAAAAAAAAAAAUCACCACUAACAAAAUAAAACAAAACAAAACAAUCCAAACUCGCAAAACCUUGAAAUUAUAAUUAUUGGCAUCUUCUUUUUGAUUUACUAGUGAGACCACUGCAGUCAUUUCAGAAAAUGAAUAAUGUUACAAUGCAUUGUGCAAUAACAUAGCAGUAUGUUAAAUUUCUAGAGGACCAAAUGUUCUACAGAGCCACCAGUAUGGUAACCUUGACCUAUAUCAUUAAUGUUCUUGAUAGCGCAUAAACUGUGUAAUCAGAGUAGACAAGCUAUAAACAGUAGUUAUACAUAUUUUGCAUUUGUUCAUGAAAAGGUGGGUAAGUGUAGCAGAAUGAGCAGAGAAAAAGAAGAAGUAUUCUCAAAUCCCAGUAAAGGGUGAGUAUAUGUGCAUAUUCAUCAUGCUUGCACUGUCCACUAAAUUGUGUACACUGAAUAACUAUGACAAUCAGGCUCAUUUUAAAAGUCUUUCUGGACUGUGCUAUGAACUGAUCAUAUAUAUAAUAUAUAUGUGUGCUUACAUGUGGCAUAUAUAUAUACACACACACAGCAUAUACAUGUAUGCCUAUGUCUGUUGUAUUUUAUUUAUAUGUGCAGACAUGCAUGCACAUUAUGUAUGGAUUGUGUGUAUAUGUAUAAAUUUACAUACACCUACGUUAUAACAAAUGAUAAUUAGAGUGCUAUUAAUAAAUUAACUAAGUCUGCUGAGUAGCCAAAAUCACAUUUUCUUUCAAUGUUUCUUUUUCUAUGUUUCUAAGAGUCAACUUUUUAACUGGUGUGCAGCAGAAGCAAUGUUAGAAUGCCAGAGAUAUAACAAGCACUUUUCUCCUCCAUAUAAUUGCAUAAAACAUUUCUUCCAUUCGCAUCUCACCUGUUGAUUUGCCACAAAGAAAUGAACAAAUAAGCUUCCAAACUCCAAAAGUAGAGUUUGACUGACUGUCAUUUCUGGGUUUAUGCUAUUGUUCUUUUGCUGUCCUAGAAUAACAGUGCAGCUCCAUUAGCAUUUUAUACUCAUCUGCAGUAGCGAAAUAAUUCCAAGCAUGAGCUGGACUAUUCAGACUGCAACACUACAUGUAGCACAUUGAGAAUGCCAAAAUUCAGCAGUAAUAAUUGCAGCAGCUGCCACGCUGUCCUUCACUCUCAGUUGAUCUACAGAACCCAGAACUGGUGGUGAUGAACAGGUAUUUGCAAAGCAACAGCACCCCAUGAUACAUGAUGGAGCGUGCCCUUUUAAAAAUGACUUCAUUCAUUUUGAUUUGUAAACCAGUAUAUCUGUAUAUUGUCCAUGGUUUAACAAGUAAUGCCUAUAUUUUACUUCCUUCCUUUUUCACUUUUCCUUUUUUUUCUCUCUUUCUUGCUCACUUUUUCUUUCAUUUCCUUUCUUCUUCUCUUUCCUAUUUCUUUCCUUCUAUUUCUUUAUUUCUUUCAUCUCCUUCUCUUUUAACUCCUUUUUUUUUCAUUCUCUUUUCCUCUUGCCUUCCUCCUGUAUACUCUUUCCCACCUUUCUCAGAUACUGUUUUUGUUGUGAUAGAUGUAGACUUAAUAAAACACUUUAAAAAGAAAUAAAACAACAACCCAUGAUCAGGUCACUGGAUGAAUAAGAUGCAGUGCAUAUGUGUUAGACUAUGUCUGAGUUGUUGCAGCCUGUAAGGGAAUUUCAAAUACUGCUAUAAAAUGUGAGGGAGGGAGCCGGGGAAGCGAUGGUGAAUAGUUCAGGGUUUCUAAUCAAAGAUGAAGGUUUUGAUAGCACACGAAGUUGUAUUUUCUUGUCAGGGCUGAGAUGAACCACUGCUGCUGUGAAUCAAGAGGUCCUUUAAGAGCCUUAGUUAAAAGACCUUUGUUUGGGCUGGGGUGGGGGGUGGGUGAGGGAUGCUACAUUCAUCAUAAAUAUGAAGCAAAAAAAAACAAACAACAACAAACAAAAAAAAAUAACAAAAAGUCUACAUGUUGCAGGGAAAACACUGUGAAUUUCACAAUAGCAACCAAGUGACUAUUUUGCCAUCUUUUAAACAUAUGUCUCAGGAGAAGAAAUGGGAAAUGAUGGGUGUAUCAUUUUACCGUCUAUGCAUUCUAGACCAGGUCUGUGGGGAAUUUUUUUGUUUGCUUGUAGAAGGUUCUGAGUGAUGGCUGGCUGGUAUUUUAUAAACACCAAGUACUUCGUGCAAGGAUGAUAGAAGCUGCCAGUAGUAAGGCCAUUUGAUUGGAAUAUAUAAGAAAAUAAAAUCUUUCCAGAGGCCUACAUAUUGCAGCUUAUAUGUAUCUUUCUGUAACGAAGAAAAACAGCUAAGAAUGUUUUAUAUAAAAGCAAUUGAUGCUUAAGCAUUGAUGCUUAAUUGAAUAAUCAAUUAAUUAUGAAAUAUUUGCCCCAGCCCUGUUCUCCACCUAUACUUUAUGCAUAUAUAUAUUUCUAGAUAUCUCUCUCUCUGUCGCAAUAUCUGUGAGAUAAAGAGGAAGAUACCUACGUAUAAAUAUAAAUCUCAUUACUGUCACCAAACUAUGACCUGGUGUGUAGAGCUAUCUUUCUUCUUUCUUUUUUCCUUUUCUUUCUUUUUAAUGUGAUGUCUCUGUGCAAAUAUUUAGUGGUUCUUGUUUUGCAGUUUGUUAUAACAAGUCAUUGCUUUAAAACUUUCAUUGCAUCUUGGCUGAUUUUGAAGUGAUGCCUAGGUAUCAGUGUUAAAAGUUUUGUUUGUGAAUCAUGUGACCAGUUUCUCUCCACAACAUGGAAAUUCUCUUGUAUUCCAGUGUAUUUAAUAAAAAUGAUGUCUUACAAUAAACAAUGUCAUACAAAAGAAAGAUAAAAUGAUUACUUUAAGACCUACAAUUUUCAUGAAGUGUUGCGUGUUUUCUUUGUUGAAAUGCUUUCAUUUAUCUCCAUUUUUUUGAAAAGUAUGAAAUUAAGGAAGGGUUUGGUAUGAUUAGAAGCAUUCUAAGACCCUGAAUGAAAACCAGGGUACUGUAUUCUUAGCUGAUGAAAGAGGAGACCUGUAGUAAUAGGAAAAAAAAAAAAGAAA